CAGCCGCCCAAGCUCACCAAAAGCGCCAAACAAGCCCUGAUCGUCGCGUACCUCCGCGCCAGCCGCACAUGCCACACGCUCAAGGACCUCGAGAAGUCCCUCCCAGCCGUGGCCUCCAUCAAUGCGAUCCAAGUAAAGGAGUUCCUGCAGGAACUGGCAGAUGAGAACGAGAUCCACGUCGAGAAGAUCGGCAGUCUGAACUGGUAUUGGUGUUUUGGCAGGGAGGCGAAGCGGGAGCGUGAGGCCCGGCUCGCGAGGUUGGUGGCAGAGGUGGAGAGGGUGAGGGGUGCGGUGGUGGAGGUUGGGGGGAAAAUUCGGGAGAGGAGGGCUGCUUUACAGAGAGAGGAUGAGGACGGUGAAGAUGGUGAUGGUGAUAGUGAUAAGGCAGCUGAGAGGGAGCGGUUGAUGCUACGGAAGACGGAGUUACAGGAGGAGAUUCGUCAGCUGCGGAGGCGGUUGGCGGCGGUUUCGGGUCAACAACACCCCAAUGGUAAGGGCGUGGAGGGGAAAAGCUUGUCGUGCGUGGUGGAGGAGACGGAGGAGUUCCGGCGCCAGGCGCUGAUGUGGACGGAGAAUAUCUACGUGCUUGAGGGGUUUGUCAAUCGGGUAACUGGUGGGGAUCGCGAGGUGUUGCGCGCCGUGCAGCGGGAGUGUUAUGGCGAGGAGGAGUAUGUUGAUGGGGAAGGGUUGCGUGAGAUCUUCUGAGACUUGUCUUUCUUGUUGUCUGCUUGUUUACUCUUCAGUUUGAGUUUGAGUUUGAGUUUGAGUUAAUUUGUUGUGGUGUUGGUGGGAGGAAAUAAGGAAGCGGAAAUGACAGGUGAGGCAAGCUGCCAGGUGGGUGGAACGGAAGAUUGCGGAGGGAUGAAGGGAGGGAAAGAAAGUUAGAUCGCAAGAGGUGGAAACUGCCGAGCCACGAACGGCCCAAGAGAAGCUUGACUGUCUCGCCUCCUCUUGCUUAUCUGC